AUGGUGGAUUCUCCGGCAAGGAACCGAUUGUUGGCAAGAAACGACUCGGUUCGCAUCUUUCCUUCAAGAGGAGGAGCUAUAACUUUUACUUAUGCUUUCACUUUAGCUUCUAUUUUAUUCAUGCUUGUUCUUGUAAAUACUUUUCAUCCUACUUCACGUAGAUAUCAUUUUACUAAAGUUAUUGCUCACAUUUUUACCGAUAAUUCUUCUCAACCUCCUUCUUAUCCACCUCAAUAUAGCCCUACUCAUGAUAAAACUUCUCCUAAAGAUAAUGGAUUACUGGAUCAUAGGAUUGUAGCUUCUCCUUCUCCAUCUCAAACUUCUAGAAAAGAAGAUGAUGGAUUACUGGAUCAUAGGAUUGUAGAUUCUCCGUCUCCAUCUCAAAUUUCUAGAAAAGAAGAUGAUGGAUUACUGGAUCAUAGGAUUGUAGCUUCUCCUUAUCCAUUUCAAACUUCUAGAAAAGAAGAUGAUGGAUUACUGAAUCAUAGGAUUGUAGGUUCUCCGUUUCCAUCUCAAAUUUCUAGAAAAGAAAAUGAUGGAUUACUGGAUCAUAGGACUGUAGCUUCUCCUUCUCCAUCUCAAAUUUCUAGAAAAGAAGAUGAUGAAUUACUGGAUCAUAGGACUGUAGGUUCUCCGUCACCAUCUCAAAUUUCUAGAAAAGAAAAUGAUGGAUUACUGGAUCGUAGGACUGUAGCUUCUCCUUCUCCAUCUCAAACUUCUAGAAAAGAAGAUGAUGGAUUACUGGAUCGUAGGACUGUAGCUUCUCCUUCUCCAUCUCAAACUUCUAGAAAAGAAGAUGAUGGAUUACUGGAUCAUAGGACUGUAAAUUCUCCGUCUCCAUCUCAAAUUUCUAGAAAAGAAAAUGAUGGAUUAGUGGAUCGUAGGACCGUAAAUUCUCCGUCUCCAUCUCAAAUUUCUAGAAAAGAAGGUUCUGGUUUAGCACCAAAGCGAAGUAAAAAACAUCGUAAGGCGCAUCCCCCGAUUGGUGCUACGACGAUUAAACCCCAACAAAAGAAGUCUUUUGCACCUAUGCCUUCACCAAAUGUGGUGCAAAGUGAUCAACAACAUUUGGUAGAAUUGACCAAGAAUUGUAAUAUGUAUGAAGGGUCAUGGGUUUUUGAUGAUUCAUAUCCACUUUACAAAGCCGGGUCUUGUCCUAAUAUCGAUGAGCCUUUUGACUGUUUUCUCAAUGGUAGAACUGAUAAUUUGUUUGAGAAGUUCAGGUGGCAGCCUAAGAAUUGCAACAUGCCAAGGUUCAAUGCUAGUGACAUGUUGGAGUUACUGACGGGAAAACGUUUAGUUUUUGUCGGCGAUUCCCUCAAUAGGAACAUGUGGGAGUCUAUGGUGUGUGUUCUUAGUAAUUCAGUGGAAAAUAAGAGCAGGAUUUUCGAAGCCUCUGGUAGACAAGAGUUUCGAACGGAGGAUUCCUACUCGUUUAUCUUCCAAGAUUACAAUUGUUCCAUUGAGUUCUUCCGUUCGCCGUUUCUUGUUCAAGAGUGGGAGAUUCCAACCCAGAAAGGAUCGAAAAAAGAGACGCUUCGUCUUGAUUUGGUUGAGAACUAUUAUGAUAAGUACAAAAAUGCUGAUGUUUUGAUCUUCAACACAGGUCAUUGGUGGACUCAUGAGAAAGUAAGAGAAGGGAAGGAAUAUUAUCAAGAAGGAAACUAUGUUUAUGGACAAAUGGAUGUUGAUGAAGCAAUUAAUAAAGCUUUAUUGACAUGGUCACAUUGGGUGGAUACUCAUGUUGAUCCUAAGAAAACUACAGUUUUCUUUAGAGGCUAUUCCCCUUCUCAUUUCAGGGGAGGGGAGUGGAAUUCUGGUGGUCAAUGCGAGAAUAUUACAGAACCAAUGAAAGACGAGUCUGAUUUACCAGAGAAUCCUUCUUCAAUGAUGAAGACAAUUGAAUCGGUAAUUGCGGGAAUGAAGACUCCGGUGUUUUACCUGAACAUCACGAGAAUGACGGAUUACAGAGUUGAUGCUCACCCCUCCUUGUUCAGAUUCACCAAUAUGACUGAGGAGACCAAAAGAUCUAUGCUCACCCAUCAGGAUUGUAGCCAUUGGUGUCUUCCUGGUGUUCCAGACUUGUGGAAUGAAUUAGUGUAUGUUCACCUUUUACAAAGGUUGAAAACAAACCAGGGAAAUCAUUGA